AUGCAAAAGCUACUUGAAAGUGUAGAUGUUUUAGCCAUCUCAGAACAUUGGUUAUACGCCGAUGAGCUUACUAUAUUAGACAAUUUACAUAACGAUUUUUUGUAUUAUGCAAAGACAACCGAACAAAAUAAUAUGAACACAAGGUGGAAGCGAGGUCAGGGGGGCGUCGCGAUUGUUUGGAAAAAACAUCUCAAGGCACAACGAUUAUUACUCGGAAAUGAUAGGAUCGUAGCAAUUAAAUUUCGAAUGAAUAAUCAGAAUUAUGUUUUCUGUAGUAUCUAUUUUCCAUCAACGAACAGUAACUUGGCUGAUUUUAUCGACACUCUAACUUGCCUUAAUGCAGUGUGCACUCAAUUAAGUUAUAGAGAAGAGCAAAUCAUUAUUGCAGGCGAUUUUAACGUACAUGUAUCGGAUCCACGUUCAGGUCAACGUGAAAAUAAUAGAGGAAAACUACUCCUUGAAAUGUUUGCUGAAUUUGACAUGUUUCCAGUUAACGUGGAUAUGCCCUGUAUGGGUCCGCUAUUCACGUAUUACUCAAGUUGUGGUAACAGUGUUGUUGAUUACAUUUUUGCGAGUAAGAACAUCGAAAGAAUUGUAAAGUGUGUUAAAGUUGGCGACGAACAUCCGUGCAAUUUAUCUUAUCAUCUGCCGUUGAUUGCUGGCAUUGAAAUUUCUGCUGGUAUAAACUGCCAUGAAUCAUCUAAUAAUUUAGAAAACGAGUAUGAACGAAUUGCGUGGAGAAAAUGUGCUUCGGAACAAGUACUAGAAUAUCAAAGGAGAUUAAAUGAUACAAUCACAACAAUGGAUGAUACCUUAUACACCAGUGAUGACGUUGAGAACUAUUAUCGUUUGAUCUGUCGCAGCAUAAAAAGCAGCGACAAAUGUCUACCUCGUGCGAAGUAUAAGAAGUCCAUCAAGCCCUACUGGAAUAUACCGAGAUCGAUCACAUCAGGUUUUGGAAAUAUGUAAACCGACGUAGAAAGAAGAAAAGAUCAACUAAUGUGCUCACAACGAAUGAUGGAAGAACUAUCUCAAACCCAGAAGAAAUAGCAGAUGUGUGGGCUAAUUACUAUGAAAAACUUUUAACUCCUGAGGAAAAUACAAAUUUUGAUGAUGACUUCAGGGAGUAUAUCGAUAUCGAGGUUAGUGACAUAACAAAAAACUCCUUAGCUGAAUUUGAUGAUAUCUUUCAGGAUCCCAUAACUUUAAAAGAGAUCGAGGAUGUGCUAACAGAAUUACCAAAUAAUAAAGCUCCCGGUGAUGAUGGCAUAACGUAUGAACAUAUUAAAUACUCUGGGGAUAUUCUGGCUGCCAAGCUGUUGAUACUUUAUAAUAAGAUCAUUGAAUUGGAGUACAUUCCAAGACAAUUAAAGUUAGGAAUCAAAAUUCCAAUUCCAAAGGGAGGGAAGAGCUGUGCAUCUAAAUUCGAUGAUCACAGAGGAAUUACUCUUCUUUGUACUUUUAACAAAAUUUUCGAACGUUUAGUACUCAACAGGCUUCAAAAUAAAAUAAGAUGUCGACACCACCCGCUUCAAGGGGCCUACCAAGCUGAGCGUGACGCCUUGACGACUUCAUUUGUUAUUGACGAGUCAACUAAGCAUUGUUGCGAGGAAAACGAUAAAGUAUUUGCCUGCUAUGUUGAUGUCUCAAAGGCAUUUGAUAAAGUAUGA